AUGAACACGCCUAGCUACUGUACACCUCUAGCAUCAAGAAAAUCUCAAUCGAGGACUCGAGUGCCGCUUUCCCCUCUCCCUCCAGACUUUUCUCCGGUGGUUUGUACAAAGCCACGGGAUUUCGAAAAAGAAAACACAUACUUGGCAACUCCUCCAACAGCCUCAAGUUUUGAAUCUCCAUUCUCUGAUAUGGACUCUCCUUACUUUACACUCAGGUAA